AUGGGAGACGGCUUUGCUCCGCGGCGGCAGCAGCAGCAACACCACAACAACGUCGACUAUAUCUCGAUGCCCACGGACACCGAGAUGGACUCGGCUCACCGGACGACAAGCCGCCCGCUCAGCUGGCACCCUUCGACAUAUAUCCAUCAGCGGCAGCAGCCGUAUCAACAACCGACCAGCUAUCCUUUCCCUGGUUCGAGCAUCUAUGCAGACAGCCACGACCUGUACUCGACGCAUGCUCAGUUCUCGCCCACGAUGGCCUCCUACUCCAACAACACAUCACCCUCUUCGAGCUUCUCUCCCCUGCCGCUUUUCCCCGCCGCGGAGAAUGGUGCCCAGUACCCUCGCAGCGACGGUUGGGAGCUGUCACAGCGGACGACGCCGUUCUAUGGCCCGCCAACCGGCAAUGCCGGCAUGCCAGAGUCCCUCCCGGCCUUGGAACAUGUGUCAACCCACCCAAAGACGACAGUCAACGGUGGGCUGGACUGGAACUCUUUCGUCUUGCAGGGUUUCAACAACACGUCUCCCCCCACGCCGGAGACCUUUCCUCAAGCCACACUGUCGCAGCCAGCGGUCUCUGAACGCCCGGAGACGUGCCAGGGCCUCGACGAGGACGAGGACGAAGGCGAGAUACUGGUCGGCAUGGGACUUUAUGACACGCCAGAAAAGUUUGACGAGGACCCCCAGCUCAACAAUUACCGGUCAACCGUCUCUUCGUUGCUGGGAUCGACGUAUCGACCUCAAGAGCCGCGAGGCAAGGGUUUGAAGCUGGAAGAGACGUGGGAGCCUCCCAAGUCUGACGACGGCGAGGACGAGGACGACGAGGACGAGGACGACGAUGGCGAAGGGCAGAACCGCAAGGUCGCUGCCUGA